AUGGAGAAGUCCGCUGCCUCAACAGAGCCCCAAGGGCCUCGGCCAGUCCUGGGCCGCGAUAGUGUCCAGGUGCCCGACGACCAGGACUUCCGCAGUUUCCGGUCAGAGUGUGAGGCCGAGGAGGGCUGGAAUCUGACCUACAGCAAGGCCGGCGUGUCUGUGUGGGUGCAGGCUGUGGAGAUGGAUCGGACCCUGCACAAGAUCAAGUGCCGGAUGGAGUGCCGCGAUGUGCCAGCUGAGACACUCUAUGACGUCCUACACGACAUUGAAUACCGAAAGAAGUGGGACAGCAACGUCAUUGAGACUUUCGACAUUGCCCGCUUAACAGUCAAUGCUGACGUGGGCUAUUACUCUUGGAGGUGUCCAAAGCCCCUGAAGAACCGUGAUGUCAUCACCCUCCGCUCCUGGCUCCCCAUGGGCACUGAUUACAUCAUUAUGAAUUACUCAGUCAAACAUCCUAAAUACCCACCUCGGAAAGACUUGGUCCGAGCUGUGUCCAUCCAGACGGGCUACCUCAUCCAGAGCACGGGGCCCAAGAGCUGCGUCAUCACCUACCUGGCCCAGGUGGACCCCAAAGGCUCCUUACCCAAGUGGGUAGUGAAUAAAUCUUCUCAGUUCCUGGCUCCCAAGGCCAUGAAGAAGAUGUACAAGGCGUGCGUCAAGUACCCAGAGUGGAAGCAGAAACAUCAGCCGCACUUCAAGCCGUGGCUACACCCGGAGCAGAGCCCGUUGCCGAGCCUGGCGCUGUCGGAGCUCUCCGUGCAGCACGCGGACUCGCUGGAGAACAUCGAUGAGAGCGCGGUGACGGAGAGCCGGGAGGAGCGCACCGGCGGCGCGGGCGGCGAGGGCAGCGACGACGACACCUCGCUCACCUGAUUGCGGCACCACCGCAGGGACCUAGACAAGAUGGAGUGGGGUCAGCGGUGGCGGAUCCUCCCGCGCUUUUUCCCCUCCCCCACCGCCUGCGCCUCCUAGGGACGCUGGGCUGGGGCCCAGAUUGGCGCUGCGGCCCCACUGGACACAGCCCCAAUAAACGAUCCCACAGCCUCA